GAAUAGCUAAUGCAAAACCAAUCAUAAAGAAGAUACCAAACAAAGGAAUCUAUGAUAUUGGAGACGAAGUCGAACUAACAUGUAGAGCAGAAAACACUACCAAUGGGUAUCAAAUCAAAUGGUACAAAAUCAGUUCAAAUAGCGAGCCAAUGGAAAUGAAGAAAGCUACGAUAAAAUGG